UCCCCCCCAGUGCCCACAGCCACUGGCCACAGAGAGGUGUCAUGGACUUCCCACCCUUUGACAUGUGGAGAGACUACUUUAACCUGAGCCAGGUGCUUCUGGGUUUAAUUCAAGGCUGGGGGCAGAGACUGGAGGGUGAGGGGGCCGAGAAACUCAACCCCAGGCCCCAGGAGAUGAGGGAGGAGGGCCUGGGGGUCUUGUCGGGAAACCCGGCUGCCCUGUGCAACUUCUGCAAGCACAACGGAGAGUCCCGCCACGUCUACGCCUCCCACCAGCUGAAGACCCCUGAGGGAGUGGUGGCGUGUCCCAUCCUCAGGCACUACGUGUGUCCUUUGUGCGGGGCCACCGGGGACCAGGCUCACACGCUCAAGUACUGUCCGCUCAACAGCAGCCAGAAGUCCCUUUACCGUCGCAGUGGACGAAACUCGGCGGGGCGCAAAGUCAAGCGAUAAGAUCAUGAAACAAAGGGAG